AAGUGCAAUAUUGUUGAUUUGUUUAUGCCGAUAUGGAUUCGGAACUAUCGCCUGAAGAACAACCAACUGGCGAGCGAUGGGACCCUCUGGGGGCCCCAAACGACUACGAAGAAAAUGAUAUGGAUAAAUUUAAUUAUGAGUGUGACCAUGUCCAUGUGCCAUUAGAAAAACUAAAGAAUAUAGAGGAGGAGCAUGAAUUACUAAACUCAUCUCUUUUCGCUUUAACCACUCAUUUUGCCCAGGUUCAAUUUCGGCUUAGGCAAGUCGUAAAUGCCUCUGGUGAGGAUAAAGAAGAACUCCUCAAGUCACUCGAAGAGUUUGCUUUCAGAGGUAUUCCAGAUGUGGGCCUGGUUAAGGAAAGAAUGGACGAAGCCUCUUUGGCCGAAGCAGUCAGACUCCGAAGAACACAACAGAGGGAACUCAUAGAAAGGUUAAAAUGCCAGUUGAGGGAACUCGAGCAGUAUGCGUUUGAAAAUGGGGCUGCUGGGGUGCCACAGGAUGUCCUACUCGAGAGGCAAAGGGUGAUAUUGAACGAGCUAAGCACCAGGAUGAAUCUCGAGUUGGAUGAGCAGAAAUACCACCAGAUGACCCCAGCAGAUGUAAAACAACAAAUAAACGUUGCAUUAGAUGAGCUAGUGAGUCCCUUAAAAGUCAAAGAGCAUUUAGUUGCUCAGCUAAAAACUCAGGUGGCAGAUCUUGAACGAUUUAUAACUUACUUGCAAGCCGACACGAAAAACGCGAAAUGCUCUUGCGGCUGCGCGUACCACUCUCUAAAGCAACCAUUUCAAAAUGAAACCACUUUGGGCCUAAUUCAAAAAACCGCCACCAUACUGCAAAUGUUUGCCGCCUUGCAACUCGGCUGCGGACCACAGCAAUUCAAGAAAAAUGACUUAAAAGCCACCAUGAAAGUGAAUCAUUGGGGCGAUCUGCGCGCCAAACUUGAGAUCGCUAUAUCGCGGGUGAAAGAUCUGGCUGAAAACGAGGACAAAUACAACGACGGCGAAUACAGCAGCGAUUCGGACUCGCACACGGUAAAUUGCAACGUGCAUCUGACGACGGCGGUGAGAAAAUAUCUGGCAGCCUGCAUAAGAGAUUUAAUUCAGCACGGCACGACGGCCGCGCAAAGCUCGAGUCUAGUUCCUUUCAUCGGAUGCUUCCCGCGCAGGAAUUCCCAUCCCACUGCGCAGAUGCACGCCUGGGAGAUCGUUUUGGAGUAUUAUGCGUUGAAAAACGGGGACAAAUUCAACUCCACCCCGGCGAGAAAGUUGUCGCAAAGUUUUAACUUGGAUAUCGCCGGGGCUUCCCCCACCUCCAACAAGCACAACAUGCUGUGCUGCAUCGGCGGCAUUAUAAGCACACACACGCCUUACAAGAGGAGUUACGAUUCGCAUUUCAAAGCGUUUAUCUGCGCAGCAUUAAACGCAAACAAGUUGGUGCCCUGGUUGAAUCUCAUUUUUCAAUGCAAUCAGCUGAUAAAAAUGCAUUAUCUUCCAUGGAGUUACGUGGCCAAAACUGGCUUUCAAGAUAGUUUAAGAAGUUUGGACAUCCUUACAGGGUAUAAAUUUGAUUUGCCGGUGGACCUUGCAAUUAGACAGUUUCAAAAUAUUAAAGAUGUGUUUACAUAAUCUAGUCGAAAACUAUUGUACCUCUAUUUAUUUGUUUCUGUGAUUUAUUACUAUUAUUAUUACUAACCUCUUUGUGGAUAUUAG